CUGAGACCGAGCACCAUGCCUUCAAUUAAGUUGCAGAGUUCUGAUGGAGAGAUAUUUGAAGUUGAUGUUGAAAUUGCCAAACAGUCUGUGACUAUCAAGACCAUGUUGGAAGAUUUGGGAAUGGACGAUGAAGGAGAUGAUGAUCCAGUUCCUCUACCAAAUGUUAAUGCAGCAAUAUUAAAAAAGGUCAUUCAGUGGUGCACCCACCACAAGGAUGACCCCCCUCCUCCUGAGGAUGAUGAGAACAAAGAAAAUUGGACAGAUGAUAUCCCUGUUUGGGACCAAGAAUUCCUGAAAGUUGACCAAGGAACACUGUUUGAACUUAUUCUGGCUGCGAACUACUUAGACAUCAAAGGUUUGCUUGAUGUUACAUGCAAGACUGUUGCCAAUAUGAUCAAGGGGAAAACUCCUGAGGAGAUCCGCAAGACCUUCAAUAUCAAAAAUGACUUUACUGGGGCGCCUGGAAAAAAAGACUUUACUGAAGAAGAGGAAGCCCAGGUACGCAAAGAGAACCAGUGGUGUGAAGAGAAGUGAAAUGUUAUGCCUGACACUGUAACACUGUAAGGAUUGUUCCAAAUACAAGUUGCACUGCUCUGUUUAUAAUUGUUAAUAUCAGACACACAG